AUGAAUCCACACACACACGAUGAGGCGCGCGCGUCGCCGCAUGAGGCAGCUGAUUUCUCGAGUACGGAAGGGGAUGUAGAAGCUGCUGCCUCCAAAUACAUGGACGAGCUCACGGCGCGUGUCCUUGCUUCGUCCUCGGCCAUCCAGGACCACCGCGGUGACAUAACCCCCGCACCCGAUGAGGACGAGGCGCCCCUCACUGAUGGUGAUUUGGACUCGAAAACGGCUGAGAGCUUGGAAAAGUUCAUGUCCACGCUGAAAGAACAUUUGCAACUUGAGCAGGAUACAUGGGACAUGUCGCAACCGUCCGCCUCUACCUCGGCGUUGCCCUUGUCAUCCCUACCUACUACUGACAACAUGGUACCAAUGGCACUUUCGCCUCUUCCUCCGCGCGAGCGAGUGCAUACAUUGACGCCGGACGAGCACUGUGCGAAGGUGGCGCACCUCGUCCGAGAGCACAUGCAGCAAGAAGCGCAUGGUAUGCACGAUAUUGUACCUGGCAGCCUGACGCCGCCUCUCAUGACCAAGAUCAGAUGUGUACAUGCGAGUGUGGCACAGAAAUCCUAUGGCUCCGAGAAGCGAUUCUUGUGUCCGCCACCGAUCGUGCAUGUGCAGGGCACGCUUCGGCAUACACCGAGCACCCCCAUGUUGCUCAUGCAGGUGCAGGGUGAGGAUGGCGACAGUUUCUCAGGUGAGCAAAUGACGCCUCUGGAUGAAACAGGACACGCGCGAUUCACCGAAUUGCAUGUCACCGGCACGGGCAAGGCCAAGAGUUUCCGCCUCCAGCUCCAUUUGCUAUCGCCGAGGGAUGGUUCUGCUCCUACCAAGCGCAUCCGAGUGGGUGCCGGAUCAGACGCAGCUAUAUCGCGUAGUGCCAGCUGGGCCAGCUUUGACUCGGCGCCCAUUGGCAUUAUUUCCAAACCGUCCAAACGCAUUGCCAAGGCGCGAAAUGUGUCGGCCCAUAUUACGAAAGACACAUGUGUGUCGCUCUUUAAUCGCAUCAAUUCCCAGACAUACCGCACCAAGUAUCUGUGUGCACAAGAUGGUCGGCUAUUUGCACAAAGUCGUUCAUGGACGGCAUUUCGCCUUGUGGUGCUCUCACGGCGCGAGGCAGCUGGGCCCCAAGACAUGGCGGAUGAAAGCGUACUCACCUAUGGCUCUGUCAUUGUGUUGGUCGAUCCUGACUCUGGAGCUUCGACAGAUCCCCUUAUCGUGUGCAAGGUAGACCGCGGGCGUAUUUUGCCUCCUAUCGAUGGCCAGAUCGUGCACGAUGAGGACGAAGGAAACGCAUGGGGCGCUGUGGCGCAGAUGCAAAAGGUAGCUCUUAUGCGCUAUGUGCCAUCUGAGAGUGGCUGGUCGUUGCAACCACAUACGCCGAGAACGUACUUGUGUGCAGGCACACCACCACCGGCGGUACCGGCGCUGUCGCUGGAGGCCGGCGCGGCAAUGCGUGCUGAAGCACCAGACGAUGCACACUCGAUGCCUCUUGCCUUCGCUAGCACACGACCCCUGCCAUGGUCGGAGCAUAUUGUGAUGGACGAGGCCGAAGACGCCUUUUGCUGGACGCUUGUGGGCAUUUCACACUUUGAGUACACGUUCAUGGACGUGGAUACGCUCGGAUUGCGCGGCACAUCGGCUUCGAUGGGCCUGGCCCUCACGCCUUUUCCACUCGUUACGACCAUGCCUUUUUACGACGCUGCGACUCAUAAACUCGCGAUGACAGUACAGCAUUUUUUCUACGUGCGGGACUCAGCCGCCCUGCAAACGCCGCGCGACGCGUAUGCUGCCACGCACGCGCCAAACGCGCAACUCGAGCCGCUCGAAAUAUGGCUGGGGCCACUGGGGCCCCUGACGCUCGCUUCUGUGCCGGUGCCGGAAAGCGACGAGGCUGAAGUCGCCGUUCAGCUUCCGCUGCUUGCACAAAUCCUUGGUGCGCGUCUCGGCGCACCCAAGUCGCCCCUCUCGUCCUGCACGCUUCCGCUGCUCUUUGUGCGCGCGCACGACAGUACAAUAUACCAUUCUGGACGCCAUGUGUUGUGUCAAGAUCUCGUGGCUGUCGUGCGUGCAGCCGGCGAUAACAGUGCCGCUAAUGCGUUACAGAAGCUCAAUGUCGGUCUAGGGGAGCAGGCCGGGGCUCAUGAGCUUCCGCCUGGUAGUGUAUGGACAUUACGAGUGAUUUAG